AUGUCGCCAAUUUGGCUGAUUUUUUUUACAUUUUAUGAGUUGCCAUUAGAGACGGAAGUCGGAUUUGACAAUUGGUCUUCUAGUGUCGUUAAUUUAAAUGAUUUAAAAAAUAAUAUAGUUUCAUAUUUAGUACAAAUUGGUGUUAUUUCUCGUUUCAAUCAAGGGUCUUAUGAAAUUUCUGAAUGUAAUUUAAUUCUUAAUCGUUUACAACGUUAUGUUGAUAUUGAAAAACCUUAUCUUAAAAUCUGUCCUUUACACAGAUAUACAUUUGGCAUUGGCUGGAAAGAUCAAACUUAUUGUCAACACAUAGAUCACAAAAAUUCAUCCGACAUACCCGGCAAGAAAAGAAAACGAAAACAAUAUUCAACAUCAAAUAAUCGGGUCGCACCGAUUCAUUUAGUUCAACAUCUUGCACGAUUUCCCUAUGGUGGUCGUCUUUGUGCAUUUCAUCUUAAAGAAGUCUAUUCGACAAUACAAUUACGACAAUCGACAGCUGAUGAAUUAAAUGCAAUAUCCGGUGUUCAUUCUUAUGAAGGUGAAGUCAACAACAAUCUUGAAUUAAAUGAUACAAAUAUAUUAUUGAUGUCUUUGGAUCAGAGUCCAUUAAAAAGCGAAGCAUCAGUUCCACUAGAAGAACAAGCACCUGGUUCUAUUCGACGUUUAACUCGUAAGCUUCGUCGAGCGGUUUCUGUUGCAGCAGCAAAUUUUGCUGAAAGUAUUGCACCAGGACAAGGUAAAAAGCUUCUACAGCUGGCACAUUUAAAUAAUCUUGCUGAACGACCAUCACUAAAUGUUAGCACAUCAUCCAAUACAUCAAUAGAUGAACAAUAUCUUUCAUAUUUGAUUCAAAUGUAUCAGGCUUACGAAGAAAAAAAUUUACCAUUCAAUGAACAAGUACGUGUUUUAUCACUUAUACCAAAAUCAUGGAAAUUAACGAGUAAAAUGAUUGAAGAAAAAUUUAAUUGCACAAGUUAUGCCGUAAAAACUGCACGACGAUUAUACAAUAUGACUGAUAUUCCGUUACAUAUUGAAGAAAAAAUUCCAAAAUCUAGACAACGUCUAGAUCCACGUAAAAUUGAUUAUUUCAUUAGUUGGAUCACUCAAUCUGAUCUUUUAAUAUCUAUUCCUUGGGGAAAUACUAAUCUCAAAUUGGAAAAUGGUGAAAAGAUUUCAAUUCCUCGACAAAUGUUACAAGCACAGAAGAGUCAAGUUAUUCAUUUGUAUAAACAACAUUGUAAUGAACUAGGUAUUUUAACACGUCAAGAUUUUGAUUUAUAUUAUCAUGGUGAACGAUGUACCUCUGAUCAACCUCAAUCAUUGACUUGUCCAUUUUGUGGUGAGAUGGGUUUCGGGUUUCCUUAUCUUGAUGAAUUAUCUUCAUCGAAUAACAGUACGCAAAAUGUUGAUUUAUUUCAACAUCUUCAAACAAAACAUGCUGAUGAUCAACAAUCACAAGAAGUUAUUUGUCCAAUUUGUGCUGCUAUGAUUAAUGGUGAACCAAAUUUAGUCACUGCAGAUCUUAUUUCACAUAUAGCUAAUGAUCAUCAAUAUUCACCAGUAGAUACGCCAUCAUCAGCUGGUGAUGGAACAAAUCCUUAUUCAAGACAAUCAUCAUCGGCUACAGAUUAUGAUUUUGGUAUUGGUGCUGGCAUUCGUGGUGGUUUUCGACGUGGAUCAUUAAGAACACCUGGUCGACGAGGUGGAUUAGGAAGAGAAAGUGGACAUUCGUGA